AUGGUUCUGGAUGGGGAAGAAGUGCUCCGGAAGAGUUUCCAGGACCUGGCCACUGAAGUCGCUCCCUUGUACAAGCAGCUGGCCCCUCAGGCUUAUCAGAACCAGGUGACCAAUGAGGAAAUCGCAAUUGACUGCCGCCUAGGGCUGAAGGAAGGACGGCCCUUCUCCGGGGUCACAGCCUGUAUGGACUUCUGUGCCCACGCCCACAAGGACCAGCAUAACCUCUACAAUGGGUGCACUGUGGUCUGUACCCUCACCAAGGAAGACAAUCGCUGUGUGGGCCAGAUUCCCGAGGACGAGCAACUGCACGUGCUCCCGCUGUACAAGAUGGCCACCACAGAUGAGUUUGGCAGCGAGGAGAAUCAGAACGCCAAGGUGGGCAGUGGUGCCAUCCAGGUGCUUACUGCUUUCCCUCGUGAAGUCCGGCGACUGCCUGAGCCUGCUAAGUCCUGCCGCCAGCGGCAGCUGGAAGCCAGAAAGGCAGCAGCUGAGAAGAAGAAGAUCCAGAAGGAGAAGCUGAGCACCCCUGAGAAGAUUAAGCAGGAGGCCCUGGAGCUGGCCAGGGUUCCCACUGACCCAGGUCUCUCUCUUAAGGGUGGUUUGUCCCAGCAAAACCUGAAGCCCUCCCUCAAGGUGGAGCCACAAAGCCACUUCAGCUCCUUCAAGUACAAUGGCAACGCGGUGGUGGAAAGCUACUCGGUGCUGGGCAGCUGCCGGCCCUCUGACCCCUACAGCAUGAGCAGCGUGUAUUCUUACCACUCCCACUAUGCACAGCCCGGCCUGGCCUCCGUCAACGGGUUCCACUCAAAGUAUGCUCUUCCCUCCUUCAGCUACUAUGGUUUUCCAUCCAGCAACCCUGUCUUCCCCUCUCAGUUCCUGGGUCCUAGUACCUGGGGACAUGGUGGCAGCAGCAGCAGUUUUGAGAAGAAGCCAGAUCUUCAUGCUCUGCACAACAGCCUGAGCCCGGCCUACGGUGGUGCUGAGUUUGCCGAGCUGCCCGGCCAGGCUGUUUCCACAGACACCCACCACUCUGCUCCUCACCACCAGCAGCCUGCUUACCCAGGCCCCAAGGAGUAUCUGCUUCCCAAGGCCCCCCAGCUCCACCCAGCAUCCAGGGACCCCUCCCCAUUUGCUCAGAGCUCCAACUGCUACAACAGAUCCAUCAAGCAAGAGCCAGUAGAUUCACUGGUCCAGACCGAAACUGUUCCCAGAGACUCUAUUAAGAUGGGCAAAACGCCUUUGCCUGAGGCAUCUCAGAAUGGGGGACCCAGUCACCUAUGGGGACAGUACUCAGGCUCAAGCAUGUCCCCCAAGAGGACUAACAGUGUGGGUGGCAGUUGGGGUGUGUUCCCUCCAGGAGAGAGCCCUGCCAUCAUCCCCGACAAGCUCAGUUCUUUUGGAGCCAGCUGCCUGACCCCUUCACACUUCCCAGAUGGCCAGUGGGGACUGUUCGCUGGCGAGGGGCAACAGUCCACCUCCCAUUCUGGAGGACGACUGCGAGGCAAACCAUGGAGCCCUUGCAAGUUUGGGAACAGCACCUCGGCCUUGGCUGGGCCCAGUCUGACUGAGAAGCCGUGGGGGGUCGGGGCAGGGGAUUUCAACUCUGCUCUGAAAAGCAGUUCCGGAUUCCAAGACAAGUUGUGGAACCCCAUGAAAGGGGAGGACGGAAGGAUUCCCACCCCAGGCAUGAGCCGGCUGGACAAAGCCUGGCAGGCCUUUAGCAUGCCCCUUGGCUCCAGUGAGAAGCUAUUUGGUGCCCUAAAGUCGGAGGAAAAGCUGUGGGAUCCCUUCAGCCUGGAGGAGGGGACAACCGAGGAACCCCCCAGCAAGGGGACAGUGAAGGAGGAGAAAGGUGGCCCUGGUGUAGAGGAGGAGGAAGAGGAGCUAUGGUCAGACAGCGAACACAACUUCCUGGAUGAGAACAUCGGUGGUGUUGCUGUGGCUCCUGCUCACGGCUCCAUCCUCAUCGAGUGUGCUCGGCGAGAGCUGCAUGCCACCACACCACUCAAGAAGCCUAACCGCUGCCACCCUACCCGCAUCUCGCUGGUCUUCUACCAGCACAAGAACCUCAACCAGCCCAACCAUGGGCUGGCCCUCUGGGAAGCCAAGAUGAAGCAGCUGGCAGAGCGGGCAAGGGCACGGCAGGAGGAGGCUGCACGCCUGGGCCUGGGCCAGCAGGAGGCCAAGCUCUUUGGGAAGAAGCGCAAGUGGGGGGGCGCCAUGGUUGCUGAGCCCCAGCACAAGGAGAAGAAGGGGGCUGUCCCCACACGGCAGGCACUGGCCAUGCCCACAGACUCAGCGGUCACCGUGUCCUCUUACGCUUACACGAAGGUCACUGGUCCCUACAGCCGCUGGAUCUAGGUGCCAGGGAGCCAGUGUACCUCAGCAUCGGGCCCAGCCCGAGCUGCCUCUGUGGUGCUUUCGCCCUCACAUCUGGGGGCGGGUUGGGGGUGCAGAAG